AUGGCCGACGAAAAGCAAAAGCACCUUGUCUUCUCCAUCCUUGAGUUCCUCCAGACCUCGGUCAACAACGGAACCAUCAAGCAGGAUGACUCCGAGGGAGUCGAAGUCGCUAUUCAGUGUAUUGGAGAGGCUUUCGGUGUUGACUUGAACGACGCUGCCCAGGCCAAGGCUUACAGCACCAAGCCUGCCACCUUGGUCUCGAUUUUCGACGUCUUUGUUAACGCCCAGAAGAAGCUUGGAAACAAGACCGCUGCUGCUACCUCUCCUGCCUCCUCUGCCUCUUCCACCCCCGCUGCCCCCGCCUCGAUCCCCAAGUCUGCCGAGCCUACCGCUGAGCAGAAGAAGAAUGCUGAGGACUUGAAGGUUGCCGGUAACCGCAAGGUUAACGAGAAGGAGUACGCUGAGGCCAUUCGUCUCUACGGCGAGGCUAUCGUUCUUAACCCCAAGAACGCCGUCUACUACGCCAACCGUGCUGCUGCCUACAGUCAGAUGGGAGACCACCAGAACGCUAUCACAGACUCGCUCAAGGCUGCCGAGGUGGAUCCCUCGUACAGCAAGGCCUAUAGCCGUCUCGGUCACGCCUACUUCUCUGUCGGAAAGUACAAUGAGGCUGUCACUGCUUACGAGAAGGGUUUGGCCCUCGAGCCCAACAACGCGACCAUGAAGAGCUCUUUGGCCACUGCCCGCACCAAGGCCCGCGACAACGAGGUCACCCCUUCCGCUCGCAGCGGCGGAGCUGGCGCCGGUGCCGGAGGCAUGCCUGCUGGUUUCCCCGACUUGAGCGCUUUGGGUGGCGGUGCUGGCGGUAUGCCCGACUUGGCUAGCAUGAUGGCCAACCCUGCGUUGAUGAACAUGGCUCAGCAGAUGAUGCAGUCUGGCGCCUUGAACUCGUUAAUGAGCAACCCUGCUAUGCAGCAGAUGGCUCAGCGUAUGAUGGCUGGCGGCGACCGCCCCAAUAUUGAGGAGAUGAUGAGAGACCCCCAGAUUGCCGAGGCUGCUCGUGGAUUAAUGGGCGGUAUGGGCGGUGCUCCUCCUCAGCAGCCUCCCCGGGGAGACGAUGAGAGUAAGUGA